UGGUGCUGGGGCUGGUUGGAGUUCUAAAAAGCCAGUCAAGACAAUGAAGCCAAAAAAAGGCAAAUCCUACCCAGUGAACAUCGUAGUGCUGAAUGCGCCUGAGGGGGUUGCCUUUAAACCGGCAGUGAAGCCAAUCUCUGUUUCCGAGAACCCCAAGGAAAAUCCAUUGAUGAAGGUCAUCGCUGUCUAUGCAGCUACUGACACUGACACUGGAAAGCUUGGAGAAAAUGUUCGAUAUGCUAAAGGAUAUGAUCCUGCCAACUGGCUAGUGAUAGACCCAAAAACAGCAGAAAUUAAACUUCAAACAUAUCCAGACAGAGAGUCUCCAUUCUUGGUUAAUGGAACAUACUAUGCUAAAAUCCUGGGACUGACUGAAGACGUGCCUCCUAAGAUCGUCACAGGAACAAUAGCGUUGCAAGUUGGAGAUGAAAAUGACAACUGCCCCUCACUAACUAACAAUGUGAGGUACACCUGCUCAGACACUGAAGUCAUUUACGUCACUGCAGUGGACGAGGAUGGAGACCCAAACUCAGCACCUUUCAGUUUCAGCCUUCUGGAAAAGGAGAGCCAAGACGAGUGGAGGAUUGAGAUUGAUCCUUUUAAUGGUACAAGUGCACUUCUCAGGGCUUUGAAACCACUGUGGCCUGGUCACUACCAGGUUGGCUUCAUUAUUGAGGACCGACAAGGCUUUGCCUGCCCAGACCAACAGUACCUGGACCUGUAUGUGUGCUCCUGUGAGGAAGGAGAGAUAUGCGGAUAUGCUGCACCAGGUGCUUCACCAGGUUUACCUGGUUUACCUAGUGCAGCAUAUCUCAAGGAAUCCUCAUCUAAAUUCGGAGAACUGGGUGUAGGGGCACUGAUCCUGGGACUUCUAAUGCUACUUAGUUUGUUACUGGUGGCUUACUCAUGUGGACCAGAACAAGGAGUGUUCUCUGACCUUCCUUUUGAUACCAUACCACACUUAAUUGUCUAUCGCACAGAGGGCAAAGGAGAGGACAAGAAUGUGCUCAGUACUCCAGCCAUGAUCACAUCUACUACCAUGACCACUGCACAGGUCAACAACAUAGCUUCCAAGAGGGAAAUGAUUCUUAACACAGGCACAGCCAACAACAUGUCUAGGUCCAGGUGUUUGGACAACAGCAGGAACCAGCAGAGCAGCUGUGGAGAAUCCAGGCAGUCCUGGAAAGACAUUUGCUCUUUGGAGGACCAGCUUGAAGGCAUGGACAGCAUGACCAUCUCUGAUGUGUUUCUGCAUCAGUACUACUCUCAGAAGGCGAGCUACACUGCAAUGCAUGAGGCAGCAAUGGAUUGUCUGAGAGAGCAUGCUUUCGAGGGCCAGGGCUCCUCUGCUGGUUCGGUUGGCUGCUGCAGCCUCCUGGAGUCUGACAACGACCUGCACUUCCUUGAUGACCUUGAGCCAAAGUUCAAGACCUUGGCUGACGUCUGUUCUCCCCCUAGACCUCCAACACCUCCAACACAUCAAGCUACUGCCAUCCCAGAGGUGGAUGAAGUGGCCCACAUUGCCGGGCCCUCAUUGGAGGCUAAACCACCCAGCAUUCAUGACAAGAGCACUGAACGUAAUCAGAAUGUCAGCAUCAACCAGUCAUCCACCAGAAGCAUUGCGUUUAAUGGAACAGCUUCCAGGAGCACGUGCAGGGACUCCUCAGACAAACCCUUUCCUGGACACAUGCUUCUACUACAGCAGCAGCAGCAGCCUGUCUACUACACCACCACCCCUAUGUUGCAGCCAAUGCACUACAUAAUCCAACCACAGAUUCAGAGCCCAGUGCUGCUGGCUAAAGCUCCUGUCACCAACAUGCAGGGCAUGAUUCUGUGUAAUGGAAUAUCUGGACACAGUGAGCACAUCCUACAUGGUGGAAACACUGCUGGGACUUUAACUUUCAGCAGACAAAGAGGCAACAGAGUGGUCAGUGAGGACUAUGGAGUGGGUACAUGGAUGAGCUCUAAUGGCCAAGCAGAGGUAAUGGGUGUCAAUAGGAAGGGAAGGCGUAUCAAGUCAGAGAGUGGAGAUUGGAUGGAGAAUUGUAGAAAAGUGACGCUGAACACUAGACAUGUCAGUGUGGGAGCAGCAGGAUCUGAAGUGUUGCAACAAGUUGUAGCGCUGCACAGUCCGAAUCACAUUGCUACACACCCUUUUCAUCCAAACACACCUCCAUCCAUGGGCGUCCUCUGUCAUCCACCCACAGUCAGCGCCUACUCCAAUGGAAGUAAACCACCGCAUCCCGCGCAGUUUGAAUCCGUCCUCCAGGAAGAGUAUUUAGGAUAGGUGCAAGUCACCGGUGAGGGGAGGUAGGAAGAGGAGAGUCCAGAGAGUUACAUAAGGAAAAGUGAAUAGCGUGGUUAAGCGUGUGGUUAAGUCCACGUUACAUAUAUGCGCCGCUGGAGUCCCGUCGUCCCGCUGAGUAGAUUGUGUAUUUCUUUGACUUGGAUCAGCUGUUUCAAGCGUCGAGAGGUGCCGGUUCCGGUGGAGAAGACCGACCGACUGACAGACUGACAUAGUUACUUUAAAACUUCGGUACAGUGAGUAUCCGGUGUACAUUUUUUUGUUGUUGUUAUUUUCCUUUUGUUCUGUGUACUGCACCGUGACGAGAGACGCUGGUUUAUUUUGAGUUACAGUGGUCCCUCGUUUAUCGCGGAGGAUACGUUCUAAAAAUAACCCGCAAUAAACGA